AUGAAGUUCGUUUUGCCAGUGGUUAUACUUUUAACGGUCGGGUCAAUCAUCAUUGACGCGAAGCGGAUCAAAACAAUAUCGAAUAAUUUAUCGGAAAAAGAAGGACGCGUUGUUGGCGGUGUAACAGCUGAGGAGGGUUUGGCACCCUACCAGGUGUCCCUGCAAAAUUUCUGGGGCCAUUAUUGUGGUGGAGCCAUAAUCGACAAACAAUGGAUCCUGACUGCCGCACAUUGUGUUGCUCGCAAGGAGAUGGAAGAUAUUUUGGUUAUGACCGGUACACAAGAUCUUGAACUACCCGGUGUUAUUUAUCAUGUGGAUGAGGUGCAUGUCCAUUGUAAUUAUGAUCGGCCGCAGAUGCACAACGAUAUUGCAUUGUUGCAUUUAAAUGAGA